GCGGGGCCAAAGUAUUGAAUGGACCAAGUAACGUACUUGCCUUUCAACCAUGGAACAAGACAUCGAAGUCGAAUUUAUCAUCACAGGCGGCGCCUUCCUUGAUGUCGUGUCUAUCGCAGAAGAACCGCCCAACCGCAACGUUAUCCAUCGUCUCACCUCUCUACCUGUGCCUCACCUUGUGCAAUUCGUCAUGUUUAGAUUCCCUCUUCAGCGAAUUCGCUCCGAUCUCAAGCGCGCCUCAUCCACCCCAGUUCGAACACUCACUGGGAGCUCGGCACCCGAUUGCUACAUGCGUGCCGGCCAGGCUGUCACCAAACGUCAAGCUACACACACAACAGCAAACAAGGGCGAAAUAAUCGAUAAGCUGUGCGCUCGGCUUACGGACGAAAGGCAGACGACUAGAGCCGAGCAGCUUGUCUGGCUGGCAAAGGACUCUCUAGAAGCAUCAGUGGCCCAGAAGAGAGGUGUUGCCAAAAACGACACCAUGAAGAUGGAUGACAAAAGCCAGAGCUUUGAGGAUCAGACAAGUUCCGCAACCGAAUCACCACGUGGGCAGGCGUGGGAAGGCCUGUCGAUAUGGUCGCAUCUAUGGUAGAACUGGUAUGCCAACAACCUCGAUCUUACUGAAACGCCUGAAACAGUCUCCCCAGGUGCGAGAUAUGAUGGGGCAUUCCAUAUCGAACGUGGAGACGCUUCGUGCUAUAGGAUGGGAAGGCCAUGGGCAGCUGAACUAAAGGUGGUAUGAGACCAGAAGAUAUUGCAUGCUUCCUCACUAGUCCAUCUUCGAGCUCUUGUAGCGAAGCUAGGAUACGUAGUUGUUAUGGGCAACCAACUACUCACACCAGUAAUACGAAUAGCCAACGCUCCCUAUGUAGACUAUUGACCUAGGUUAACACACGUAUAAGGUAGUGCGUAAUACACCGAAAUGCCCGC